AUGAAACCAUCUAAACUGCAAGAUCAUCUGAGAAGAUGCCACCCUGAUAAAACAGAGAAAGAUUUGAAAUACUUUCAAACAGUCAAAGAUAAAUUUCAGAAGAGACCUACACUGGACAGAAUUUUCGCUUCGACGUCACAAAGAAAUGAUGAUGGUUUGCGGGCGUCUUACAAUAUCUCGUUACUUAUAGCAAAAUCCGGAAAACCGCAUACUAUCGGAGAGAAGUUAAUUUUGCCAGCCGUUGAAGAGGUUUUAAAAACUGUUUUAGACAAACCUGCAUCUGAUAUCAUUAAAAGAAUUCCCUUAAGCAACAAUACAAGAACAAGAACAAUGAGUUCUGAUAUUGAAAGCUUCUUAUGUAAUUAUUUGCAAAGGACCCAUUUUUCUAUACAACUGGACGAGUCAACUUUACCUGAUAAUGCAGCAUUAUUAUUGGCAUAUGUUCGUUUUAUUAUGAAUCAAGAAAUCUACGAAGAACUGCUCUUCGCAAGAACUUUGAUAACCGACACUAAAGAUUUUGAUUCUAGGUUUGAGGAUAUUUUGACUAUGGUAAUACCACCGUGGAUAAUUAAUCCAUAUGGUGACGUAGAAGAAACGAAUGUCAUAAUACAAGAGGAACUGACUGAACUAAGUACAAACGAAGAACUUAAGGUUCAGUUUAAAAACAGAUAUCAGCAAUUCUGGCUGCUAAACAACAUACCCGUUACUUAUCCCGCAGGGCAGGGCAGGGCAGGGCAGGGCAGGGCAGGGCAGGGCAGGGCAGGGUCAGGGCAGGGCAGGGCAGUGCAGGGCAGGGCAGGGAGGGCAGGGCAGGGCAGGCAGGGCAGGGCAGGGCGGGGAGGGCAGGGCAGGGCAGGGCAGGGGGCAGGGCAGGGCAGGGCAGUGCAGGGCAGGGCAGGGCAGGGCAGGGCAGGGCAGGGCAGGGCAGGGCAGGGCAGGGCAGGGCAGGGCAGGCAGGGCAGGGCAGGCAGGGCAGGGCAGGGCAGGCAGGCAGGCAGGGCAGGCAGGGCAGGGCAGGCAGGGCAGGGCAGGGCAGGGCAGGGCAGGGCAGGGCAGGCAGGGCAGGGCAGGGCAGGGCAGGGCAGGGCAGGGCAUGGCAGGGCAGGGGGCAUGGCAGGCAGGGCAGGGCAGGGCAGGGCAGGGCAGGGCAGGGCAGGGCAGGCAGGGCAGGGCAGGGCAGGCAGGCAGGGCAGGGCAGGGCAGGGCAGGGCAGGGCAGGGCAGUGCAGGGCAGGGCAGGGCAGCAGGGCAGGGUGCAGGGCAGGGCAGGGCAGGGCAGGGCAGGGCGUGCAGGGCAGGCAGGGCAGGGCAGGCAGGCAGGGCAGGGCAGGGCAGGGCAGGCAGGGCAGGGCAGGGCAGGGCAGGGCAGGGCAGGGCAGGGCAUGGCAGGGCAGGGCAGGCAGGGCUGGCAGUGCAGGGCAGGGCAGGGCAGUGCAGGGCAGGGCAGGGCAGGGCAGUGCAGGCAGGGCAGUGCAGGGCAGGGCAGGGCAGUGCAGGCAGGGCAGGGCAGGGCAGGGUCAGGGCAGGCAGGGCAUGGCAGUGCAGGGCAUGGCAGGCAGGGCAUUGCAGGCAGGGCAGUGCAGUGCAGGGCAGGGCAUGUCAUGCAGGGCAGGGCAUUGUCAGGCAUUCAUUCAGGCAGGGCAUUUCUGUCAUUCAUGGUGAAAUCAUUUCGCAUAUUCAGUGUUGCUUACAAUCAUCAUUGCCAGGACAGAAAAUAAUGGAUGUAACAACUUUUUACGGGAAACGUAAAAAUCAGGUAGUUAUCCUGCCUCCCGAGGAUCCCGCUCUAUCCGAUGCUGAUUUUUCUGACCUCGACGAUGAUAAUGACCUCACCACUACUGCCGCUGAAACCAAUUUGUCAGAAAAUACGGGUGACGUUGGAAGGAAUCACUUACUCCCUUCUGAAGUUUUAGAAGAGGAUAGUGAUGGAUUUGAUGAUGAAGAUUUGAUUCCAUUAGCCCAACUUCGUUCACAGGCUUUGUCCAGAGCAAAUGGGUUUCAGAUGCAUCCAUCGCAUUGA